CCUCCAGGCAGGAGGAGGCGUGGCUUCACUUCCGCUUGAAUGCGACACAUCCGAGCGCAACCCAGUCUUGAUCGGCGUGUGCGAAGUAGAGCAGAUCUUCGCUUUGUUAUCUGAACGUUUUUUUUUUUACUCGUUUUUUGACGACGGUCGAGGACGAAGGAAACCAAGAAUAAAAUCUUGAAGCUGUAAAGUGUCUACAUGGCCGUCAGAAGAGGACACAUAAGGUAUUUAAAAGUUUGUGAGGUUCAGAACCAGGGUAAUGACAGAGACUCACACAAGGGUGCCAGCUCAGUAAAGCAGGAAGUAUACGAUAUGCCGAACGGUUAUGAGGACCACAUGGGCGAUGAGCCUAGUGAUGCAAAAACCAACCUGAUUGUCAACUACCUGCCCCAGAACAUGAGUCAGGAGGAGCUCCGGAGUCUCUUCAGCAGCAUUGGUGAAGUGGAGUCGGCCAAACUCAUAAGAGACAAGAUGGCAGGCCACAGUUUAGGGUACGGAUUUGUUAACUAUGUUAACCCUAGUGAUGCAGAAAGGGCAAUCAAUACACUCAAUGGCCUGAGACUACAGUCUAAAACUAUCAAGGUCUCAUAUGCCCGGCCAAGCUCUGACAGCAUCAAAGAUGCCAACCUUUACAUCAGCGGUUUACCCAAGACCAUGACACAGAAGGAUGUAGAGGACAUGUUUACCCAGUAUGGUCGUAUAAUAAACUCACGUGUACUGGUCGAUCAGGCCUCGGGUCUGUCACGUGGAGUUGCAUUCAUUCGUUUUGAUAAGAGGUCUGAAGCGGAGGAAGCCAUCAAAGAUCUUAAUGGAUCCAAACCUGUUGGUGCCUCUGAACCAAUCACAGUGAAGUUUGCUGCCAAUCCAAACCAGACCAAGAAUUCCCAGCUGCUCUCUCAGCUCUACAACACUCAGUCCCGUCGGUUUGGAGGGCCUGUUCACCACCAGGCACAGCGCUUCAGGUUUUCACCCAUGAGUGUUGACCAUAUGAGCGGUGUCUCUGGUAUGAAUGUGGCAGGAAGUUCUUCCUCUGGAUGGUGUAUCUUCAUCUAUAAUUUGGGUCAAGAUGCAGACGAAGGCAUCCUGUGGCAAAUGUUUGGUCCAUUCGGCGCCGUCACCAAUGUCAAGGUCAUCCGUGACUUUAACACCAACAAAUGCAAAGGGUUUGGGUUUGUUACCAUGACAAAUUAUGAGGAGGCAGCAAUGGCUAUUGCCAGCCUGAAUGGAUACCGCUUGGGAGACAAAGUUCUACAAGUGUCAUUCAAAUCCAGCAAGUCUCACAAGUAAAGGGACUUUAUUUUUGUCAUGAGAAUCUGAAAGUUAAUUGAGGUUUCUUCUAAAGGUUUCAGUUAUUGUUGACUCUCUACAUAAGCAUACUCAUACAUCCAUGUUUGGGGUGUAAUAUAUUUGUGCUAGUGUUUUACUAUGGGGUUACGCAAAAGCUAGAAAUUUGCAAAAGUGAUUUGUCCCUGAUGACUGGCAUUUGUGAAACCCUGGACAGAUAUUUCUGAGGAUCCCUUUUUUUUUUUUUUUUUUGUUUGUUUGUUUGUGCACACUUUUGGGAUGCCUUAAAGAUGUCAUGGCAUUGUUGCUCUUCUAACCCCCUUUCGCUGAAUCACAAUGGACUUGUUGGUCCCAUUUUCUUUAUUAUAAUGUGAAAGCUUUUAGCUUUUUUUUUUUUUUUUUCUCCCCUCUCCUCGUCACUACGAACUAUACAUCCUCACCUCGUCUAGAUCUUUGUAAAUAGUAACUAGGCCACCUCUUCAGUGUUUCAGCUCACCCAUCUGUAAGGUAAAAGAACAUUGGAAGGACCAAAGAACUUGGAGUGUAAAGCAUACGCCUUUAAGUGUUUUAGUUUUCCUGUUUGGAAGUUAAAAAUUCAAACAGCAAGUAUUGUCAUUUAUGUCAAGUUUUUUUGUUUUUCCACCACUGUAAUGUGGUGUUUUUUUUUUUUUUGUUUUUGUUUUUUUUUAAAUUGCAAGUUAUUUGGUUUCAUAUUAAAACUUUUGCAUUUAACAGCGCAUUACUCUUCAUGGUUUGUUUAUAUUUGGAAGGUGGUUCAGGAGCAUUUUAAAAAUUUGGUUUUAUGUGUUUUUUCUUUUUUUAAACCAUUAUAUUCACUCCCCGCUCUGUAAGGUCUGGGAAGUUUCUGGAUAAAUGGAUUGAGACUAGUAGGAGCAGAGUUGUUAGGCACAUGGCUGCAGGUUGUUAAUAUAGAUAUGGUUAGAUCAGUGUUCACUUACAUAUUUGCUUGCAGAAUUAAAAUUAAUCCAUUUUAGUGUAGUGUUUUACUCUGUACGUAGUCAGUCUCUAAAUGCAGCUUUGUACAUUUUAAUGUGAAAUUUGGAUCUGCUUUGAGACCUUGUCAUGUAAAGGCCACACAAAGAUGAAGAAUUACAUUUAAUUGUUCUCUAGAUAUCUACUAGUACACAUCCUGUUGCAGACCAGCACUAUAUUUGUGUGCAUGUUCAUUUAUGACAAUAUGUUUGACAAUAAUUAUGUGUCAUGCUUUGGGUCUUGAUUGAUAAUGUGACAAAGUCCUGUAGCAUGAUGAUCCAUGUAUAUCAUUUGAAUAAAUACCAUUGUUUUGUCAUAAUGUAUUUUUACUUUAAUUAUGAUUUUAAUUGUACUUCUAUGGUUGAGAGUUGGUUUAAAAUUCUGGUUUUCUUUAUGGUUGUAUGUUGAAGAUACAUUACCUAUUUUAGUUGUACAGAUGAGACUGAAUUUGAAAUAUAAUUUGAUUGACAUGAA